GUCGGUCACCUGACCGGGCUGCGGGCUGAGGAGACACAAGGGAAGUAGCCUUCGCCGGAGCCGGAGCAGCUGUCGCCGAGCAGGGGACUCCCGCACUAUGCCGUCGGAAAAGACCUUCAAGCAGCGCCGUACCUUCGAACAGAGAGUAGAAGAUGUCCGGCUUAUCCGAGAGCAGCAUCCCACCAAGAUCCCGGUAAUCAUAGAACGAUACAAGGGUGAGAAGCAGCUGCCUGUCCUGGAUAAAACCAAGUUCCUUGUACCUGACCACGUCAACAUGAGCGAGCUCAUCAAGAUAAUUAGAAGGCGCCUACAGCUCAAUGCUAAUCAAGCCUUCUUCCUCCUGGUGAACGGGCACAGCAUGGUGAGCGUGUCCACACCCAUCUCUGAGGUGUAUGAGAGUGAGAAGGAUGAAGACGGCUUCCUGUACAUGGUGUAUGCCUCCCAGGAGACGUUUGGAAUGAAGCUGUCUGUCCAGAAAAUUUGAGCUCCACACAUGCACAUUCGGCUUUGGAAAACUAUUAUUUAACCUGAGCUAUCUUGUUUUCAAAUUUUAGACAUUUAAAAAUAAAGUACUUUGCAUCUUAAAUUGCCAAUAAAUUAGACCAAGUUAUUUCAAUGCUUUUCUCCUCCAGUAAAGACUUUAAUUGGAGCAGCAGCGUCCAGGCACCAGGAUGCCCAAGAUUCUUCCCUAGGUUCACAUAACCUGCCACCUUUUCAGAGAAGGGCUUCCAUUUGCCUAGAGAAACUCUCUCAAUGGGUCUCUAAGCCCAGGUUGUCAAAGCAGGCUCCCAGAUGCCUCUGUGCGAGAAAUGGUCAGGUGUGCAGGAGCGCACUGUGAGGAUCCUGGUCCUGACCCUGCUGUGCUGGCUAGAUGGUUCUCCCAGCAGGAGCCACUGCUCAGCAGGAAGUUGGGACUUUAGAUGAGGGAUGGUUUGGAUCUGGUUUCUUACAAAAGUGCAGAGAAAAGUGCAUUUCUGGUGUAGAUCGUCUCUGGUCUGAUGCCUGCUUCAGUGAGGGAACAAGCAGAUGCACAGUGGAAACAUCAAAAUGGUCAAGCCAGAGUACUGAAAUUCAAUGCACUCCCUCUGCUACUGGACUUACAGCUAUAGAUACAUUUAUUACUUAAGUAUUACAGCUAUGUUCUUAAAAGUGUCUCAUACUUAGAAGGGUGGUUCAGUCAGAGAGCUGUCAAGAUUCUUCCCCAUGUGCAUGUCAGCUAUGAAGCAAACAGGAGACACGGUCUUAACAGAUGUGUGUGCCGAGUUAAACACCUGCUAGGUCCAACUGAAGCAAGCCCUGCUACCUGCAGGCGUACACUGAAGAUUCACGGGAUGAUCACGCUCACCCCACAUCAGACUGUAUGCAGCAGGCCCAUGUUUGGGAGUCUGAGAGACCAAGGGCUGCCUGCUUACAGAGGGCAAGCACCAUGGCUGUCUCUGGACCCUGGCUCCUCACGGGUGACCAACCCCUUCCCUCUGCAUGCACCUGUCCAUUGCUAACUUUUAAUGUUUUUAAUUAUGUAAAUUCUCAGCCUGUCUUUAGAUUGUGUACAUCAUUAUAUCUAUGACUGUAACUACAAGGUGGUAAGAUUCCUAUAAUACUUUUUUUAAAAAAAAGCCAUGCUGAGGGUGAACUUUGAUAGGGUCUUUAAAACAAGUACAUUUUUAAUGCACUAAGUGAAUAAAGGCAUAACUAAACUGUU